AUGGCGGGGACAAUCGCAAUAGCCAGCGAAGCCGAUGCUCGUCAUGAAAUAGAGGAGACGGUGCAGACAGUCUUGUACCCAGGUACAGAGGUUAUGACUGACGUCGGUGGUCUCCAUUUCAAGCAUUCCGGAAAACACGUGCUUGUUCCACAACCAUCGGAUGAUCCUUCUGAUCCGCUCAAUUGGAGCUUUAUGUGGAAGAUGCUGAACAUGGCCGGCAUGGCCAUCACCACCUUUUCAUGGACAGUUGGCCCCUUGGCCAUCUCAUCUCAGGUGCCAUACUAUAUGGCUGAAUGGGACAGAUCAUUGCCCGAUGUGAUUCAAUUUGUUGGUGUCAGCAUCCUCGUCCUCGGGUUCUCCAACUUCAUUUGGGUUCCAAUUGGUCGUGCAUAUGGGCGUCGGCCAAUGGCUUUCCUCGCAAACGUUUUGAAUAUCGCUUCGAUGAUCUGGAGAGCAAAGGCGAAAUCCUAUGGGUCAUUCAUGGGCGCAUGUGUGGUCACUGGCAUUGCCUGUGGACCCUCAGAAACACUGCCCGGAAUGCUUGUCGCAGAUGUCAUGUUCCUCCACCAGAGAGGCUUUUAUAUGAGCCUAUAUCUAUGGAUAGGAUGGUCUGGAACCUUGGUUGGUCCUGUCAUUGCUGGAGUUAUGUCAGACAAAUACGGCUGGAGAAGUUUCUGGUGGCUUUGUGUUGCCAUUGCCGUCUUUGCCUUGAUCUAUCAAGUCCUCUUCAUGCCUGAGACUCGAUGGGGAGAGCGGCACGUCGCAAUUUCUCAUGAGCCCGUGGAUCAAACCUCAGAUUUGCAUGCCGAGAAAGAACAGCUCGACACAAAAUUGGAAGAAACACACCAGGAAUCUGAAGCCAACAAUAUUGUCAUUGAGCUAAAAGGCUCACCUACCAAGGCUCAAUUCUCACUGUGGGGCCAACUCGACAAGUCAAGCCUGAAAAAUAUUGGUCCGGCACUGAUCAUGCCUUUCAAACUAUUCGCAUAUCCCAUUGUCGUGUGGUCGAGCUUUGUUUUUGCCUGGGCGGCGUCUAUGCUUGUGAUCAUCAAUGUGACGCAAUCACAGGCCUUUGCCGGGCCUCCGUGGAACAUGUCAGCCACCGAUGUUGGCUACACCAAUUUUGGUGCCAUUGUCGGAGUCGCUCUGUCACUUGUCAUUUCAGGACCUCUGAGCGAUUGGGUUUCAACAUGGUUGACCCGACGCAACAAGGGCAUCAGAGAGCCUGAGAUGAGAUUGGUAGCUCUAGCACCAUUUGCCGUGAGCUGUCUGCUCGGUGGUGUUCUAGUUGCUGUGGGCUACCAACAUCAGUGGAGCUGGAAGGCGAUAGUCAUUGGUGGAUAUGCACUCCUCGGCCUUGUAUUGCCCUCUUUGUCUGCCAUUUCAUUGACCUAUGCCAUUGAUUGCUACAGGCCCGUUGCAGGGGAGAUUUUGGUCGCGGCGACAAUGGUCAAGAAUUUGUGGGCUUAUGGCAUGACCAAGUUCUUCAACGUUUGGAUCGUCGAUGCCGGGUACAUUACGCCGAUCAUGGUAGACACCUCUCUCGCAGUCUUCUUCGUUGGAUUGGCGAUCCCGCUUUUCUUCGUCGGCAAGAGGUUCAGGAAGUGGACGAAAGACAGCUCAGCUCACCGUGAGAUCUGA